CUGUUUGUUGCGCUCUUCCGCCCAGUGUCUGCGGGCCACGACAGCAGCAUGGCUGGUUCCGAGUUGCGGGCGGCGCUGGAUGAGCAGCUCGGCGCCCUGGCCAUCCGCACAGAGGUCGUGGAGCACCCGGAGGUAUUUACAGUUGAAGAAAUGAUGCCUCAUAUCCAGCAUUUGAAAGGAGCACAUAGUAAGAACUUAUUCCUUAAAGACAAGAAGAAAAAAGGCUAUUGGCUGGUGACAGUUCUUCAUGACAGACAAGUUAAUUUAAAUGAUCUUGCUAAGCAGUUAGGUGUUGGGAGUGGAAAUCUUCGGUUUGCUGAUGAAACAGCCAUGCUAGAAAAACUAAAAGUUGGCCAAGGCUGUGCCACACCUUUGGCACUCUUCUGUGAUGAUGGAGAUGUGAAAUUUGUUCUGGAUUCUGCUUUUCUGGAAGGUGGACAUGAAAAGGUGUACUUUCAUCCAAUGACCAAUGCUGCAACCAUGGGAUUGAGCCCUGAAGACUUUCUCACAUUUGUGAAGAAGACAGGACAUGAUCCCAUAAUACUAAAUUUUGAUAAAAACUAAUUGGACUAAUAUUUAGAAUACACUUCUUUCUGAAAGUUGUUUUUCUUAUUUUUUAUUUAUAGAAAGCAUUAAAAGUGAUAAGAAUAUUUAGCACCUUGGUUUGGUGACUAAUUUUAGGAGGGACAUUUCAUCUAAAAGGAGCUGCUUUUUAAAAUUAUCUUUUAAGUAUAUAUACACCCAAUGUGGGGCUCAAACUCACAAUCUUGAAAUCCAGAGUCACAUGCUCUACUGACUGAGCCAGCCAGAUGCCCUCUAAAAGGAGCUGCUUUUGAAAAGAGGUAUUGAGGGGCUCCUGAGUGGUUCAGUCAGUUAAGCAUAUGAUUCUUGAUUUCAUUUCAGGUCACGAUCUCACAGUUCAUGGGUUUGAGCCCCAUAUCAUGUUCCGUGCUGACAGCAUAAGCCUGCUUGGGAUUCUCUCUCCCCUCUCUGCCCCUACUCCUCCCCCCUCCCCGCGCCCCAUAAAUAAAUAACUUAAAAAAAAUGUAUUGAGGUCGUUUUAGCUCAGAUUUCACCUCCUAUCUCUCCCAUGACAACUACUCAUUAAAGGAACGGCUUCCACAAUUAAGAGUAGAUUAACAACAAAAUUAAGGUUAGUUUAACUAAGAUCAACUAUUUUACAUCUUUAGGGUGUUUACUGUACUUGAAAAAAGCAACUUGCAAAAACAGCAUGUAUGAAAUUAUACAUAUAUUGUACAUAGAGAAAAAAUACAGGAAUAGAUUAAAUUAUUGAUAGUGGUUAUCUUUGGGGAAUGAGGAUUAAGGAAAGAUCUGUUUAGUCUUUGAGAGGUUAGAAAUGUAAACAUACUUGGAACAAGUUUUUUCUGUCCUAAAUUUUACUCCUUUCCCCCUUCAAUUGUGGAGAAACAUACUUUUUCACUUGAAACAAAACAUUAGUUGAAGGUCUGAGGUAGACUAAACUACACAAGUAGUCUAGAGAUCUCGUCAAGAAAAUUUUCACAUUUUCCUCCAGUACAAUCAAAUGGGAUAGUCGUGAGGUAAUCAUAUUUUCCUGUUUGGUCAGUCAAAAGUAAUUUCCAUCUGGUAGUGAUAGUGUACUCUGUACCAAUUUGUGUUACUUAAAGGCAAAAUGAGAGUAAAAACUUGUCAGUUCUUGAUAUAUAUGAUUAGAACUACAAGUUUACUUGUGGCAGAGUUUCUAUAAAGAAUGAAUUUAAGAAAUGGGGAGUAAGAAAUAUUUUCCAUUAAUGAUAACUUAUUUUAAGGUGCCAUCUUACUUUUUACCUGCUGUUUACUACAUCUCUAAGAGGAAAUUUUAGGUUGAUUUGCACAUAAAAUGAAGGCUUAAUGAAUAAUCGAGGCAAAGACACUAAGGCAGUUAGUACCCUCCUCAUCUUAUAGUGACAACAGGCUCAGAAAGACUAACCUGCCCAAGAAAACACAGCUGGUUGCCUUCUCUAACAUUUUGCCUCCCAAAGUCUUACAUACGUGAAAAUGAAAGAGACUGCUUCCUGCAAUAUAUUACUGUACUGACACCUAUGUGAAGACUGACAGAACUGAUAGAUGUGAUUCUCUUCCUAAACCUCCAAUACUCAUCCCUGAAAGAUUUAGACAGAAUCAUCUAAACAAGGUUAUGGGUUAUGUCUGAAAAAGAGUUUUCCAGGGUAAAGGAAAAGGAAAGAUAAUACUUAGCUAAAUUGUAUCUUACGAUUUUUAAAUGAUUAUUAACCACUUGUUAUAAAAAUCACCUCUUUGUUUUAUUUCUUUUUGUAUCAAUCAGUUUAAGUGAAUGUUAAACCAACUUAAUUUUUUUUUAGGAGUAAUAAAGUUAACUAAAAAGUAAUGAAAUGUUUUUAAAAAGACAAAUAUGGUUUGUUACGAACUGGAUUUCUGUGGCUGAUAAUAGGUAUUGUCAAGUAAAAAUCACUGCCAUUCAACUCCAAAUCCCUUAGUAGCAUUACUUUUAAAGGAAAUGUUACAGCUUUUGUAUUAUUUGAUUUGGUAUUUAAUAACAGUUGUAAGUACAAUGGCAAACAUUGAAAGAGAACCCUUAGAAAUGAAAAAGACAAUUUAAAAUCAGGUUUUGUUAAAGGGUGCUGUUAUAAGUGCAACUUUAUCCAUAAGCAUUCCUUUUAAGGCAUUUUCAUUGUUGUCCCAAUAUCUCAACAUGUACAUCAAGGUUUAUAUCACAAAAUGGGCUCCUUUUGUAUUACUCAUUCAAGGCUUAAAGAAAAAAUACAUCUCAGGACUAAGUGAAGCAGAAAAGAAAAACACAAAAAUUCACUUUUCUCAUAAAAAGUCACUUAAAACACAAAGUC